AUGGAUGUGGCGGGCGAACGCUUCACCCUGAUGGACGGCGUGGUGGGGCUGGCGCUGUCGCCGCCGCAGCCGACGCCGCCCGCCGCCCCGUUCCCCGGCCUGCAGCACCUGGACGCCGGCGCCGCCGCCCCCGCGGGCGGAGACCGCAUCCUCUACUUCCAGCCGCUGGCCGCCGACCGCCUCUUCUCCAUCCCCACGUCCGCCCUGCGCGCCGGCCCGCCCCCGGAGGGCGAGGACCUGCCCGUCACGCUCGUCGGCCACAAGUCCUCGCAGUCCGCCAACCUCGCCGUCGACCAGAGCGACGGCACCGUCUACUUCAGCCCGGUGCGGGAGACGGCGCUGGCCGCCUACUCCCCGACCAGCCACACGACGCGCGUGGUGGCGUACGACCCCGAGCGGCUGCAGUUCUCCUCGGAGCUGGUGAUCGCGCCGCGCGACCAGGGCCGCUUCUGGCUGACGUCGUCGCGCUUCCAGAAGUACUUCCGGCGCACGUGGAGCCCCAACGAGGUCAACCUGCGCCUCAUGCGCCUGGUGGCCGGCCCCGCCCCCGCGCUGGCCGGCCGCCGCCCGGCUUCGCCCGGCGCCGUCGCCGCCCGCGCCGCCCGCGCGCCCGCGCCUCGCGCCGGGCUUCGCUCGUCGCCGCCCCGCGCUCGCCCACCACGGCUUCGCCCACGCCACGCCCCCACCUCGCCUACCAGCGCAUCUUUCAACGACUCCUCUCCAUCUUCUCGCUGUCGAAGACUUUGA